GUAAAUAUCGUUCGACAUUAAUAGGUCAAGCCAUGUGACAAAAUCAAUUCAAGUGAUAUUUUAUUUUAUGUUUUUUUGUAUGUUUUAGUCUUUAUAUAUUUUUUUUUUGAUCGACGGUCUCGGCACAAUUUCAAAAUUCCUCUCGAGUUACGUAUAUCUACUACAUCGGUCUGUGGGGAGGAGCGUGUACUUCGCAUCAUCGUUUCUGCAUUGAAAAGCAGAAAAGGCUGUGGUUGUUUGUGACAAGUGCCCGACCGUUAUCGUUUGUUUGGUUAUUUAUGUUGUCAUCCGCGUGUAAGCCUUAUCGUCCUUCAAUCAAAGUGAGUACGCGUAUCGAAUUCGUAAUUCUUCUCGUCGCGAUUUCUUCGUUCGCGUUCGAAUUCGGGAUCGCGAAUCGUGUGUGUGGUGUACCCAGUGCAUCGGACUGCGCAGCGAGGCACGUAACUACUGGAUUCGGACCAAGGCUUCUUCGUUCCCUUCGCUGUCCCGCAACGCUAGAUGACGAUUGACAUGGCGACGUCGUAAAAUCGACGCAACUCCACAUUCUCCAUGGAUCAUAAGUGAUAUCGUGGAAGAGAAAUGAUCAUCGUUGUGGGACUCCGUGAGAAACGUGUUCCUUAACGCGAUCCAUCUAUCCAAAAUAAACCAAGCGUCGCCAUGACGCGUUUGGAUCGCGCAUGAACGAUUACAUGCCACUCCAAAAACCACCAUCGACGAUCCGAGAUAAGCUGGUGACUCGAACCACGUGUCCAACGUCUAAUAGUGUCUGACGUGGAUUCGGGUGUAUCUUAAUAAAAAAGAAAAAGAACGCAAACAACGUAAGCGAAAAGAUUACAAAUGUGAGGUUCGUUAUCGACGCGGCAGAAAAAUACGCGAGUACUGUAAAAAAGAGGCACGCGAGGGAUGCGUUCCACAGACAAAGGGUGGGGUGUUUGGUUACCGAUAAGGCUUAUCCGGAGAUACGAUGGUCGGCAACUGCGCUCGCCGAGUCGUCAGUCGUAGUACUCAGGUGCCGUCGACAAGAUCGUCGCGCCGCUCAGGUCGCAGUAAUUUCGUGAUUCGUGCAUCGUUCUGCAGCUCUAAGGAGGUAUCUUGAAAGUGUCGCUUCCGGCCCAGGUGUCCAGUGGUAUCACGUGAGUCCAAAAGGGUUUCGUAUUCGCACCCACAGCUGGAUCGUAUUGCAACGGAUCUCAAAAGACGCUCCAAUAUCCGUCUGGAUUCUAAAGUAUACGAAACGAAAGGUCGGAUAUCGAUCACUAUCAGUCACCACUGGAACGAAUUGAACAAGACUUCAACGGGACUAGUCUUUCCGCGUGCUUUCGUGUUGUUGGUGUGCUUAAUCCACGUGAUGAGUGUGUGCUCCUCGUGCUAAGAUUUCAAUUCGUUUCUGAGCGCGAACGUGAAUCGAGAGUGUCCUGUGCUGUUCGUAGUUCGCCCGAGACCCUAGAAGUAGCUUGUUCGUGCACGUACUGUAGAGUUUGAGGGUUGACGCCUUCAAACCGCCAGCGUACAAUAAUCCUGUCUUCCUCAAGGAUAAACGAAACCGAGCGAAGGAGGCACCGUCAUCCGGUCGCCAAACGGACUCCCAUGAAAAUGCUACAGUCGCUAAACGCUCUGGCGGGUAAAAUCUCGCCAGGCUCUCCUACCGACAGCAACGCCAACAAGGUGCACAUGCAUAAUAACAACAAUAAUAACAACAACGUGCAUCACCAUCCCUACUCCAAACAGCAGACCCAGCCGUCCCCGUCGCACUCUGCCAACGGCGACCAAAAGGAAAAUACCAUAAUGAACAACAACAGUGUGGAGCAGCCGGAUCCAGACAACAUAAAGAUGUUUGUGGGGCAGGUACCUCACGAUAUGGACGAGAAUGAUUUGAGGACGAUGUUUGAGGAAUAUGGUCGAGUGCAUCAGAUAAAUAUUCUGCGGGACAAGAUCACCGGCAGUCAUAGGGGAUGUUGCUUUGUAACCUUUUACACUAGAAAAGCGGCUUUGGCAGCUCAGAACGCUCUUCAUAACGUCAAAACCUUCAGUGGGAUGCGCCAUCCGAUCCAAAUGAAGCCGGCCGACAGCGAGAAUCGGAAUGAGCGCAAACUGUUCGUUGGGAUGCUAUCGAAAAAAUUCACAGAAAACGAUGUUAGGAACAUGUUUAGCGCUUACGGAAUGAUCGAGGAAUGCUCGGUGCUGAGGGACAGCACCGGGAAAAGUAAAGCCUGUGCCUUCGUUACCUUCGCUAGUAAGCAAUACGCAAUCAAUGCCAUCAAAGCUCUGCAUCAUUCUCAGACAAUGGAGGGUUGUUCGUCACCAUUAGUCGUAAAAUUCGCCGAUACGCAAAAGGAAAAGGACCAGAAGAGGAUGCAGCAACUUCAGUCGAAUCUCUGGAACAUCGCGGGAGUCAACAUCACACCGCAUUACCUAGCCAAUGAUGCGCACACUUUGGCGCCUGCAUCGUUGCAACUUCUGCAACAGUUGCAAGCGACGACGAGUGCCGCGACUCCGGUCGCCGCGAACACGGGAGCGGCUAAUGCACUGUCGAAUGUACAACAUCAGUUAUUGUUACAACAACACCUUGGCCUUGGUGCGGCAACACCUGCGCACGCAGCACCCCCUGCUGUACCCAGUCCAGCAGAAAUCAACCCUGCGAAUUUGCAAAGUUUAGCCACCCUCGCGUCUCUGAGCAACACUGCUGGUGAGUAUGCAAAUGCGGGUGUGUCGCCAAUGAGUAUGCAGAACCUUGUCACUCUGGCAGCUAUGACCGGCGGAAACGGCAAUCUCCAGGUGUCGCCAAACACAUUAAGCGGUCUGGCGAAUUCGACAGCAGGUAUGUCGCUAUCUGCUCUUCUGGGAAAAACAGGAAAUACAGGGUCGACCGGGGGCAGUCUUAGUCCUGUAACAUCUCUCACGCUCAAUUCCUUGACGGGAACGCCGUUAAACGGACUUCAGGAUUCGCUGAGCAACGCCUAUUCUAGUUUACAACAGUAUGCAGGGUUCCCCGCGUUCACGGCGGCUGCAGCCGCUGCGGCGGCGGCAGCGCAGAAGACCAAGUUCACCAGCACGGACAAGCAAAUCGAGGGUCCCGAAGGUUGCAACCUCUUUAUUUAUCACCUACCGCAAGAAUUCAGCGAUACAGACCUCAUUUCUACCUUUUUGCCCUUCGGCAAUGUCAUAUCCGCCAAAGUUUUCAUAGAUAAGCACACGCACAUGAGUAAAUGCUUUGGUUUCGUAUCGUAUGACAAUGCGUCGAGCGCGCAAGCGGCGAUCCAAACGAUGCACGGUUUCCAGAUUGGCAUGAAGCGACUGAAGGUCCAGUUGAAACGGUCCAAGGAUGCCUGCAAGCCGUACUAGCUGAUGACACAGAACGUUCGUAGCAGGUGGCCUGUGACGUUGUGACCGUGUACUCUCGAUCGGAGUCGCCGUGCCAUGUCAGUCUCAGUCAGUCAAAUCAGUAUCGGUCGUUCGCUCGUCCGGUCGAUCGAUCAAUCACGAUUCCCCGGUCAGUCUCUCGAUCAGUCUAUCUGUGUCUGUCGGUGCCUGUACAAAGAACAACACCCGCCCACGCGCUCUCACUUCUGCCGUGAGAUCCUCCGCCUUGUUGACCUUUUCUCUAUCUCUUCAUCUUAUCUCCUCAACCUCUUUUGCGCCUAUACCGCCUAUCCACCAAGUCGCGACAUCAUUCAUACUUCACGAUCGCACCGAGCGAUUGCUUGUCCUCCCGAUCGCAGCUGCGCAUGUAAAACACUGGACGAAUCCUCGGACAUGCAGAAGAAUUCACGGUGCUGGGCAAAUGAAAGUUGUGGCCGAGAAAGUGCACACGAAAUGUGGAGGAGCGCAAUGAGAAAGAAGAAGGCUGCGAAAGUGGAACAGAAAGGAGGAAGAUGCACCGACGACCGACCAGGGUUCCUCGAACGAAGCUAACGCGUUAUGUUAACUGUCUGUCCAAUCUCCCUUCCCUCUUAUGUAUAUACAGAUAUAUAAAUAUAUCAUGCAUAUAUGUAUAUACACAUAUAUGUGUACGUGUGUAUGGUAUGUGCGUGUUUGAGAAGAUUCUUAUAGCUAAUUAACGGUAGGCGAUGCUCUACGUUUCACGGUGAAAGAGGACAAAAGGACAAGCGAGGAAUGUAUGGCGAAUGAGCUGUGCGAGAAAUUUUUCUUAUACAUAACUAUACAUAUACAUAGUUAUACAUACAUGUUCAUAAAUCGAAUUAUCGACUGAGAACUAUUUUUAUCGGCUCUACUAUCGGGAUCGUUGUCGCAGCGCCUGUUUAUACAUAAAUAUACAUAUGCAUAUGUGCGUAUGUAUCGCGGCAAAUUGGACGUGUAAACGAGAUAAAUGUAUGUCUGAAGAAUCAUGAAAGAUGGAGGCGGAAAGGGAAACGCGAAAGGACGAACAAUGAUCGUGCGGGACCGACGCGCGUGCGAUUUCUUAGGUUUAAAUCGUGCAAAUAUACCAAAAACGAAACGGAUACAAAGAA